ACUUCCGUUUGGCGCCAAAUAUCUGUUUUUGUGCGGGUUAUGCCUCUCAGUUCUUCGAAAAACCAUUCGGAAGGAGUUCUCUGAAGUUCUGAGUCAGUGUCCAACUGUUUUAACACCCAAAAUCCCGAAUAAUAUCAUAAAAAAUGGUUGGAAAGAUCGGGAAAGGCAAGAUGUUCGUCUUGAAACGAGAUGGACGUAAAGAGGAGGUCCACUACGACAAAAUCACCUCCAGAAUCCAGAAACUAUGUUACAACCUGGACAUGGACUACGUGGACCCCCCAGCAAUCACUCUGAAAGUGGUGAGUGGUCUGUACGCAGGUGUAACGACAGUGGAGUUGGACAAUCUGGCAGCAGAGACAGCAGCCACCUUGACAACAGUCCAUCCAGACUACGCCCUGCUGGCAGCAAGAAUAGCAGUGUCAAAUCUCCACAAGGAGACGAAGAAGAGCUUUAGCGAGGUGAUGAAUGACCUUCACAAUGCCAUCAAUCCCGUAACAAAGGAUCCCACACCAAUCAUUAGCAAACGUCACAACGACAUCAUCCAGAAACACGCAGAGAGGCUGGACUCAGCGAUAAUCUACAAUCGAGACUACAACUACAACUACUUUGGCUUCAAAACACUGGAGAGAAGUUAUCUGCUGAAAAUCAAUGGUAAAGUUGUUGAGAGACCAGCCCACAUGCUGAUGAGAGUGGCUGUUGGAAUACACGAGGAGGACAUUGAAAGUGUCAUCGAGACAUAUAAUUAUCUGUCAGAGAGAUACUUCACUCAUGCCUCACCAACACUGUUCUCAGCCUGCACUGGUAGACAGCAGAUGUCCAGCUGUUUUCUCCUGACACUUACUGAGGACAGCAUCGAGGGCAUCUACGACACACUCAAGAGGUGUGCACUGAUUAGCAAAUCAGCGGGGGGUAUUGGAGUCAAUGUUCACUGUAUCAGGGCCAAGGGGACAAGAAUAGCUGGCACUAAUGGCAUAUCAAAUGGACUUGUUCCCAUGCUGCGUGUUUAUAAUAAUACAGCACGGUAUGUUGAUCAGGGUGGGAAUAAACGUCCUGGAGCUUUUGCUAUCUACCUCGAGCCCUGGCAUGCUGACAUAUUUGAGGUUCUAGACUUGAAGAAGAAUACAGGAAAGGAGGAGUACCGGGCUCGUGAGCUGUUCUAUGCCUUGUGGAUACCAGAUUUGUUCAUGAAACGUGUGAAAGAAGAUGGUGUCUGGAGUCUAAUGUGUCCCCAUGAGUGCCCAGGCCUUAGCGACCAUUGGGGCGAGGAAUUCGAAAAGCUGUACGAGAAAUACGAGGAGGAGGCACGGUACAAGCGUCAAGUCCCAGCUCGUGAGCUGUGGACAGCAAUUCUGAUGUCCCAAGUUGAAACUGGAACCCCCUACAUGCUGUACAAGGACUCUUGCAACAGGAAAUCCAAUCAGAAGAACCUUGGAACAAUAAAAUGCAGCAAUCUGUGCACUGAGAUAGUUGAGUACUCAAGCCCCGACGAAGUAGCUGUCUGCAAUUUGGCAUCAGUAGCAGUCAACAUGUUUGUGGAUCCCGUGAAGAGGACAUAUGACUUCAACAAACUCAAGACAGUCGUUAAAAUUGUCACCAGAAACCUCGACAGAGUCAUCGACGUCAACUACUAUCCAGUUGAGGAGGGAAGAGUCUCCAAUAUGAGACACCGUCCCAUGGGAAUUGGUGUUCAGGGUCUAGCAGAUGCUUUCCUACUGAUGCGUUAUCCAUUCGAUAGUGCGGAGGCUCAAAAACUCAACAUUCAAAUCUUCGAGACCAUGUACUACGGUGCCCUGGAGGCCUCCUGUGAGCUAGCCCAGGAGAAGGGCACUUACGAGACGUACAAAGGCUCACCAGUCAGCCAGGGCAUUCUCCAGUACGACAUGUGGAAUGUCACACCGACAGAUCUCUGGGAUUGGGCUAAACUCAAGGAGAAAAUAUCUCAGCACGGAGUGAGAAACUCGCUGCUACUAGCACCAAUGCCAACAGCAUCAACAGCUCAGAUUCUGGGCAACAACGAGGCCAUCGAGCCCUACACCAGCAACAUCUACUCUAGGCGUGUGCUGUCUGGUGAAUUUCAGGUUGUCAAUCCCCAUCUGCUGAAGGAUCUCACUGAACGCGAUCUCUGGGACGAUGACAUGAAGAAUCAGAUAAUAGCGAAUAACGGGUCAGUCCAGAAUAUCGAGAAGAUACCAGCAGAUAUCAAGAUACUGUACAGAACAGUCUGGGAGAUUCCCCAGAAAAUGAUUCUCAAAAUGGCUGCUGAUAGGGGAGCUUUUAUCGACCAGUCACAGUCGACGAAUGUUCACAUGGCCAGUCCAACACCAGAGAAGCUUACGUCCAUGCACUUCUUCGGGUGGGAGACUGGAUUGAAGACUGGAAUGUACUAUCUCAGGACGAAACCAGCUGCCAAUGCCAUUCAAUUCACUGUCGACAAGACAAAGCUCAAGGAAUCUCAGGGCCUGACUUCAGGAGACAGUGCCAUCAACCGAUCGUUCAGUGGAUCCAUGAAUACACAAGUCGUGGAGGAGGAUCCUGUCCUCGUCUGCUCCAGGGAGAACGGUGAUGCCUGCAUGGCUUGUAGUGGAUAGUCAGUCAAAUAUAGAUCAAUAUUUUUUACGACAGUAUUUGUAAUGAAACUAUUAUAGACAAUUUAUGGUAAGGUUUACUUGUAUCGGACGACGAAACACAAUACUGAUUAUUAAUUCACUUUAUUUCUUAUUACAUUUGAACUAUUAAUAAUUGCUCCCAGUGCACAACUAAUGAUAAAAAUUAAUUCUUCUUA